AUGAACUCAUGUGUACUUUUUCAAUUCAUAAUUCCUUCCUGCCAUACAUCUGUUUAUUGUCAUACAAAUUCUCUGUCGAUUGCUUGCCUGGCAGGCCUUUACGCUAACUCUAGUCGCAUUGGACCCAUUCUUUCUGGAGAGCGACCCUAUUGCACUGACCAUCAUCUCCUUCCUGCAGCCGGUGGUCAGGGUGACCAAUACUUUGCCUCAACAACCGCUUCAGCCGCAGCAGCGACAGGCGAACUCGGAAGUUCUGUCCCAGCAACAUUUCCAGGCCUUCUGUCUGCCACUAUAUACCUACACAGGAGCUGCCACUAUGCUGCAUACCUUCAACAUCCAGGCAAGCUCUCAGCUAAGCUCUACUAG